CUCUGAAAACAAGUCAGGUCAGUUCUGAUAUUAUCGAAGAACGAAAUUGGACAUCGAAAAUGGAUCGAUGGAUUGGAAAAGUAGCGGUUGUUACCGGAGCAAGUGCCGGAAUUGGAGCAGCAGUUUCGAAAGAUCUUGUCGAGGCAGGAUUGAAAGUUGUAGGAUUAGCAAGACGCUUAGAACGCAUGGAGGAAAAUGCUGCAAAAAUGGACACGAGCAAGGGUGGAAAGUUCUAUCCUAAGAAGUGUGAUUUAGCCAAAGAAAGUGAAAUCAUGGAUGUAUUCUCGUGGAUCAAUGAAAAUCUUGGAGGAGUUGAUGUGAUGAUAAACAACGCAGGAAUGAUGAAGAUGACAAUGUUAACAACGCCAGAUAAUGGCAAUGAUUUGCGUACUGUUUUGGAUAUAAAUGUGAUGGCUCUUUGCAUAUGCACCAGGGAAGCAUUUAAUUCUAUGAAAGAACGUGAUGUUGCUGGUCAUAUUAUUCAUAUAAACAGCCUAACAGGACAUCAUGUUCCUUACUUGGGCGAUUUUCCACCAGUAUUCAACAUAUACCCAGGCUCAAAACAUUGCGUUACUGCGUUAACAGAAACUUUAAGACAAGAAAUGAACUAUCUUAAGAGUAAAACUAAAAUUACUAGCAUAAGUCCCGGUCAUGUGGCAACAGAAUUUUUAGAAGAACCAUUUGGCCAAGAACAGUCGGAUCAAAUAAAACAACAUCAUCCGACUUUGCAGCCAGAAGACAUUUCUCAAAGUAUUCUUUUUGUUUUGGGUACACCAGAACAUGUUCAGGUGCACGAACUUAUAAUUAAACCAGUAGGCGAAAAGUCUUAAAUACAUUUAAGAGCAUCG